CGAAUAUCGAUAUUACACCAUGGAAGCCUUUGAAAACUGGUUCAGAAGCAAUGGCGGCUACCUGCAUCCAGCAGUUCACCUUGCCCAAGAUGCUGAGCAAGGCUCUUAUUUCCAGGCAACUGAAGUCAUUGAGUCUGGCACACAUGUCCUGACAGUACCCCAUAAUCUGGCAAUGUCCAAUCUCAAUGCACAAGUGGAUGAUGAUUUUCCAGUCUUCAGAACACAUGCUCAAUCAUUCACGGUCGAAGGUCUUAGCUUCUUCUAUCUGAUGGCGCAAUGGCUCAACAAAGAGCGGUCAUUCUGGAAGCCUUACCUGGAUAUUCUGCCCAGUCCUGAACAAGGCUUCGAAACUCCGAUAUUCUAUGAUGAUGAAGACUGUAAAUGGUUAGAAGGUACAGACCUUCAUCCGACUCUGCUUGGUAGAGAGGCUGCCUGGAAGAAGUAUUGGGAGGACGGAGUACAUGUCCUGAAGUCCGCUGGCGUGGACACAACAAAUUACACAUGGGAACUCUUCAGAUGGGCUGCCACAGUAUACUCAUCACGCAGUUUCAACGGUUUGACAGUCACACCGCAAGACAGCCAUCACUGGACUGCUUACAAACAUGAUUCAACCGGCACGCCAACGACUGUCCUCCUGGAUCAAAACGACUAUCCCGAAGAUUGGAAGAAGUUUUCUGUUCUGUUCCCCGCCAUCGAUAUCGGAAACCACAAUCCUAAUGCUCGCGUGGACUGGACUUAUGAUCUUGAUCGCUUCAGCAUGGCAGUCUCCGAGAAAAUCGAGUCAGGCUCACAAGUCUACAACAACUACGGUCCCAAGUCCAGCGAGGAGUUGAUCAUGGGCUAUGGCUUCUGUACACCAGGUAAUCCCCACGAUGGUUUGCUUCUGUCCGUCAAGUCUCUCCCUCAACCUCUCCAUCCUCUGCUGGAAGUCACCAAUCCCGAGUACUUCAAAACCACUGGCGAAUGGAACUCCGAAGCCGCGACUUUCCGCCUGCUCCACUCGAAGUUGCAAGAAACAGCAAACGCAACUCCAUUCGAGCAAGUAUGGGGAUGCAUUCCGGCAUCUUUGGCUGAAUUGUUCUGCUACGUCGUUCAGCUGGAAAGAGGCGUCGAUGUCGCUCCUAUCGAAGAUGCCGAAGACUAUCUCUACCGUGGCGAUGGAGAACGCUACCUACCUCGCAUCGCUCUCUACAUCAUGAUGUCGCUCAUCCCAAAGAUCAACAAGCUGGAAGAAACAAACGCAACCCUACCUUCCGAACCUUCCAACCCUCGUCAAGCAUCUGUAAAGAUCUACCGCGACAUUCAAUACGAUACCAUCAACACAAUGCAAGAACGCAUGGCAGAGUAUCUCAAAGAUCUACAACCCGAAACCGUAGCCUCUGAUGCCGGCUCCGCAAUCUGGACUCUAGAAGACGCCCUCGACCUGCUCGAGCUAGAAAUGCCCACAGCACACAAGUCCUUCAUGGCCGGCGUCAAAUACGUAACAGGCACCACCAAAUUGCGCAAAUUGCGCGGCUCGCAACAUGAAGAAUACCUCUGGACUAUCCUCCUCUGCUACAUCUAUCUCGCCCAACACUCCACACCCACACCCGGUCUCAUCGCCUCUUGGACAUUCUCUCUGGUAAACGAAUACGGCGAACCCGACAUCGCACCCGCCAAUCCCGAUGAUGCAACCGAUGAAGAAGCCUCCGAAUAUCUGGACCGUGUCAAAAAAGCCGCUAUGUUCUUACCCGGAAGUCUGUGGACCAGUGAAGCGUGGACGGAGGACUUUGUGUUGGAUUUCGGAAUGAGGGUUUGUAAGAUGCAGGGCACGUUUAUGGAUGUGGGUGAUGAAGAGGUGGGUGAGGAUUUGAGAUAUGUGGUUUACCUGCACGUUUGAAGAUGGUGUGUAUGGGCUUGGUAGAUGGACAGAAUUUCUUGCAGCGAUAUAUCAAAAGUACAGACGCAUGUGUGAGAAUGUUGUUCUCAUCUCAUGUACAGAAAAGCCAACUGUUUUCGACGUCCU